GUUUCGCUUAGCAACCGGAUGAGCGGCAUUUGAAGCACGCAGAGAUUACAGAGCUCGAGAGAUUAUGCGUAGUAACCCUCUUAAAUCGAGGAAAAACGAAGCAGCGAAGGAGGGAUCGCCACCGGCGUUCUUCAUUCGCGGGCCAUGGUGAUGACCUCGCGAUCCAAUGCACUUCUUUGCCCGGAGGAUGCCUGCCUAAAUGUGGCUGACUGGAGUGAGCGAGUGGAGAAAGGUGGAGAUAUCCUGAAGCGUGACUGAGCGUGGGGGUUCUCUCUCUGUCUAAGCGGCCAUGUUAACUAAGAAACUCGGCGCCGCCGCCGCUACCGUCUACCCGACUGCCGGAGAGGAGCCCCGCCCACUACAGUCUUCCCCUGGGGUUGGUGCGGGGGAUCUCCUGGCCACCACUCAGACUGACCCUCCAUCCCCCAUCUCACUGCCACCCUCAGGAAUAUCAACACGCACUCGGUCAGUGGCAAUAAGCACAUAAUGAAUGACCAUCUGCGCAUUGGUAACCACCAGCAGAUCCAUGUUCAGCAACUUUUUGAAGACAACAGUAACAGCAAGAGAACGGUUUUAACGACUCAGCCUAAUGGAAUCACGCCAGUAGGUAAAUCCAGCUUGCCGUCUGUCCAGGAAAGGCAAUUGGAAAUUGCCCAGAUGCGCCAAGGAAGUUCCAGUUCUCUUAAGUCUUCAGAUGGGACAGGGAAGUCAAAAGCUUCUCCAAUGUCACCAGAGCAGGCUAUGAAGCAAUAUAUGCCUAAACUAACUGCAUUUGAGCACCAUGAAGUCUUCAACUACCCUGAAAUCUAUUUUACGGGUCCAAAUGCAAAGAAACGCCAAGGUGUGAUUGGGGGUUCCAACAAUGGUGGGUAUGAUGACGACCAGGGCUCCUAUAUCCACGUACCCCAUGACCAUAUUGCUUAUCGCUAUGAGGUGCUGAAAGUCAUUGGCAAGGGUAGCUUUGGCCAAGUGGUUAAGGCCUAUGACCACAAGAUGCAUCAGCAUGUGGCCCUAAAGAUGGUUCGCAAUGAAAAGAGGUUUCACCGGCAAGCAGCAGAAGAGAUCCGCAUCUUGGAGCACCUGCGCAAGCAAGACAAGGAUAACACCAUGAAUGUCAUCCAUAUGCUGGAGAGCUUCACAUUCCGCAACCAUAUCUGCAUGACAUUUGAGCUACUGAGUAUGAAUCUUUACGAGCUGAUUAAAAAGAACAAGUUUCAGGGCUUCAGUCUGCCUCUGGUCCGUAAAUUUGCCCACUCAAUCCUACAGUGCUUGGAUGCUUUGCACAAAAACCGAAUUAUCCACUGUGACCUUAAACCAGAAAAUAUUUUGCUAAAGCAGCAAGGUAGAAGUGGAAUUAAGGUUAUUGAUUUUGGCUCAAGCUGCUAUGAACACCAGCGGGUCUACACCUAUAUUCAGUCAAGGUUUUAUCGUGCACCAGAAGUCAUUCUUGGCUCAAGAUAUGGUAUGCCUAUUGAUAUGUGGAGUUUGGGCUGCAUCUUAGCAGAGUUGUUGACGGGUUACCCUCUCUUACCAGGAGAAGAUGAAGGGGACCAAUUGGCAUGCAUGAUUGAGCUCUUAGGCAUGCCAUCACAAAAACUGUUGGAUUCAUCAAAAAGAGCCAAAAAUUUUGUAAGCUCCAAGGGAUAUCCUCGGUAUUGCACUGUCACAACCUUGCCUGACAAUUCCGUGGUUCUUAACGGUGGGCGUUCUCGUAGGGGGAAACUAAGAGGACCUCCAGGGAGCAAGGAAUGGGUGACAGCUCUAAAGGGCUGUGACGACCCACUUUUCCUUGACUUCCUAAAACAGUGUUUGGAGUGGGAUCCAUCCCUGCGUAUGACCCCAAGUCAGGCCUUACGACAUCCUUGGCUUCGAAGACGCUUGCCAAAACCACCAACUGGGGAGAAAACCUCCUCUAAACGGAUCACAGAAAGCUCUGGUGCUAUUACGUCAAUUUCCAAAUUACCUCCAACUUCAGGCUCUGCAUCAAAAUUAAGAACUAACUUGGCACAGAUGACUGAUGCCAAUGGGAAUAUUCAACAGAGGACCGUGUUGCCAAAAUUAGUCAGCUAAAUGUUUAAAAAGUUGAAAUUAAAAAUCAGUUGAUGAGGAGUCAAUGAAGACGUCACACUGAAAGAAAAUUAAGAGGGAAUACAUUUAAUAAUGAAUCACUGAGCCUUAUUUAAUUGGAAGUUAACAUUUUGGACUUAUUUGUUUAAUUAUUCACUAUAAGAUACAUUUUUAGCACUUUUUUCUUUUAUGAAAAAAUUUUCAAAUACAUAUUUAUUAAAAUAAGCUGGGGACAGUCCUGUAAAUCUAGCUUGAGACUGAGGUUGUUGACAGCCAUUCGGUCUGUGUUAAAAUGAAGCAAAAAGCUGGCAUCAGUAUAUUUUCAAUACCUUUUUUUUUAUUUUUUAAAUAUCCCCUCAUUAAAAUUUAGUGGCUGGCCGCUAGAAUAUUUUAGGAUUUGAAAACUUUAUUUAUACUCCUGACACUUCUCUCUUUAGAUUCUCUGCCUUAGUAGUGUAUUCUGUUUGUUAGCAGUAAACAGUAUAGGGAUAUAGAGGACACAAUUCAGAUCUGCCAUGUGCAACAAAGAUCAGACAAGGUUGUCUUUGAGCAAGUAUGUGCGAUUGUGUAUUUGCCUUUAGUAAAAUUCUGCAUUAUGCAUAUGUUGUUUCUCCCUAAUAGUUGCUUGUACAUGUUUCAUACUGUGAACUUGUUGGCCUAUUUACAAAACUAGGGCUUUAUAUUAAAUAAAAUAUAUUGUAUUACAAUAGGAGCUUCUCUGCAGUUAUGUUUUAGUAGUCAUUGUACGUAUAAAUGUAUGUGUGUGUGUAUGUGUAAUAUAUAUAUAUAAAUAUAUAUAUAAUAUUGCCACAAAGAGCCAUAGCAAGGUUUGGGGCAGACACCCGUGUAUAUGGUUUCCUGGCUGCAAAUCGAGAUUAUUGAUAGCACUGCUGUGCACAAAACCGAGUCCAAAACAGAGCUGAGGGAAUAGGGAAAAGGUGGAGGCUUUUAAUGGGGAAGACAGGAAGUGAGGUCAAAGGGGUCAGGCUCAAGAAGGUCUUCAGCCAUAGGUUCGAUCCCAGAUAGAUAGAUAGACACACACACAUACAUACCUUUAUAACCAUAUAGAUAAACAUACUUUUAUACCUGCCUGCAUUCUUUCAUAUGUACAUUUUCAUACCAUUUUAAUCCAACCGUAAAAUUACUCGUUUCCCAACUUUUUAUUUUUUGCUGUUCGCUCCUUCAUUUCUGGUUAAAAAUGUUGUUUUUGAAUGGGUUAAAAAUUAAGGAAACCAAAGUUCCAUAGUUUGUAGUUUUAGGUGUUUCCAUGUUUAAUCGUGUAUAGCAUGGUAUUAAGUGGAAGACUGUAAUUACUGAUUAUAAAUUCAAUUACAAAUGUAAUUGAACAAGAAAAGAUAACAAAAAUAAAUAAACCCUGAUGCAUUUUUAUAAUAUUGAUCUUUUGAAAUUGCAGUGUUAUAAUUUCUUCAAGUCACAUGCACUGGUCUUUCUCGUGUCCAUUCGUUUCUUAUAAAAUGUAGAAAAAUUACAUUGCAGAUGUGCAGUAUAUUAUUAAAAAUAUUCCAUUGCGUGCCCCACUGUAGUUUACCGAAUUCCUGUUGUUAAAAUGUUUAGGCAGAAUAUCUUGACAUGAAAAUCAAAAAAGGUUGUUCCAUACAAUCUCCCAUUGAUGAACAGGUCAGGUCUUACUUAAUUACCAGAACACAAACAAGCAAGAUGAGAAAAUCACCAUUGAGUCAAGAAAAUUAGAUUUUGGAGUACAUGUUCUGCAGAUCACCCUCUGGUAGUCAAAGUAAAACAGUAAAACUCAAGUCUGUCCUCUAGACCUGCUAUAGGUUUUAACAGUAAUUAAAUUACGUAGAAUAAAAUCUUCCUUAGUGUUGUCUUUUUUUUUUUUUGCCAGUAUAGCGCUUGGUUUUCUUUUUUUUUUGCCUUUGUUUUAAUUCAACAUGUCAUUUAUUAAAGGAAAUUAAUCAAAGAAAAGACCAUUUGGGGAUGGUGGGUAAUGUGAUAGUUGACAUGCAAUAACAUGCCUCUGUCAGUUCAGAUGAGGAUACUGAUUAUUAAUACAUGUUGUGACCUCAGAAGACAAUCAUGAAUAAUGGAUUAUUUCAUAGUGUAGUGUUCAAAUAAGGUUUUAGUCUCCAGGUUUAUUUGUGCUUAGACAGAUAAAUAUGAAAGCUUAAAUUCUUUGUGCAUGUUCAUACAUAUAUUUCUGUAUGUUACAAGGGCAUAUCACAGGGAUGUUAACACACCAGUAUUGAUGGAUUUCAUUGAGAUAGUCUAGUCUAGAGCCUUGAGUAUACUGAUUGCUUGCAGAGAUUAUCAGCACCCGUUAGAAGUUAAGGAACACCAAAGGUCUACCACAGUCAAAAGAUUAUAAAUGCAUUUAUGAUACAUAAACUUUGUUGUGGGAGUUAAGUAAAUAUUUGGUUAGAAAUAUUAAUAUCUACAUUUAUUUAAAUGGAAAUGGUUAAUACUGAAUAAUAAUAUGGUAUACUCAUUGAGAGGUAAAUUUACGAGUUACUGUAUGGGUGGGUUUUCCAUUGGCAAAGUAAAUUUUAUAUUGCACUCGGUUUUAUCUGUAUGUGCUUUUUUGGAUCUAUCAAUAUGUCUGUCUGUCUAUCUAUCUAUCUGUAAAUUAUGUAUGUCUUGAGAGAUGCAUAGUGAUUAAAAAUAAUCUUUGCAGAUACUCUGCGAGAAACCUCUUUGAUAUGGUCUUGAUUAUAAAGAAAAUACUGCAAAGACCAUGAGGUAAUCAUGCAAAAAAUAUAUAUAGUCAUAAAUGUGUUUACUUCAAAGAAAUGUCAGGUGCCUCAUAUUCUUAACAUUCCUCUUUAAAGAAAAAAUACAAUUAUGAAAUUAAAAUUACAGGGAACUUUCAGCAGCAAUAUGCAAAGGAGCAGCAUAAGAUACGAUUUUGUGUUGCAUAUCAGGCAACUUCAAAAAUUAAAAAAAAAUAAUAAAAAAUACCACAAGCCAUAUAGGAUCCAGGUUGUGUUUUCACACAGUUACAGGUUUUUAAAAUGAUAAUACUUUUAUAUAACCAUAUGUUUUCAUGUUGCACCUUUUUGGAAAAUGCUUAGGAAAACAAAUAAAGAUCCGAAGAAAAGUUAGAACUCUAUAUUAAUAACUGACAGCCCUAAUCUAAUGGCAGUUCGGCAGGUGAAGAAUAUUUUCAGUGUUACCUGUUCAUUUGUGACCUUCUUGUGUUUUGCUAGGUUUUUGUGGUGCUGGUGGUACGCACACAUAUACUUGCUCAUAGAGUACUUUUCUUAUUUGUAGAGAUGAGGCCUAAGCACUUAGCUGUACACCAUGGCAUUGCUUGGUCUUUGUUGUUGAUAUUGCUAUAGCAAUCAUUUGGAUGUAGUUCUGACAAAGCUACUGGGAGACAGCAGCUCUUGUGAUCUCUCUGAGGUUGUAGUUAGUGGGAGGUGACUUUGUAAGAGAGGAUGGCUGGAAGGUUUGUUUUUAAGUAGUGCUAUAGAAACCUCCAGGCCUACUGGUGUGUUUUAUAAAUGGUGAAAUUACGAUUACAAUGGUACAAAGGAUUUUGCCUAGGUUUACAAUCAGAGAAAGAUAGACACAAACUUGGCAAGGUUAGAGAAGCUUGAAGACGUAUGUUUAUUUAAAAAGGUGGAAAAAUCAGGGCUUUUAUUAAGAGAAUGUAAAUCGUUGCAGAGUUGGGAGGGGCUUGUAACAAGUCUACUAAAGAGUGACAGAGUGACAGUUUGGGUGCAUAAGGAAAGGUUUUGGUUUAAAAAAAAAAAAAAAAAGGACUACUUGCCAGCAUGCUUCUACUUAUCAUCCAAAUUUAACAUGCUUCAAAAUAAAAACGACUCAUUUUGUAGCCCCAUUUUUAUUUGGGGGUGAAUUCUGAGGCCAUAACAAUUUUUAUCCUGUUUUGCUGACUUACAUUAUCCUCGUUAUUGUUCUUUGUGCAGAUUGAAUAGUAUAUGAAAACCUAAGCAAAAUACUCACUUUAGCUAAAGAACCAUGUUUCAUCUAUGUGUUAACUUAUGUAAGUUAGAAAAUACUGAAAUUAAAUGCACUGAUAUUUGCUGUCCCUUAGAAUACAUUAAUGUAAGGUCCUAAAAUGCUUGUUUAUUCUGGGCUAUUGUUAAAAACAAUGCAUUGAAUACAGUGCUACCUUCGUGACUAGUUUAGUCACAUUCUAACUAGCUAAAUUUGAUUGUCUUUUAAAUAAUAGAUAUUACUGCAGUACUUUUCUGGUACCAUGUGGCCAUUGUUUGGUGUCUUGUAUUUUUUUAAAACACUACUGGAAACAAUUCAGGCUUGAUUGUGCCUAGUCAACCACAGAACUUGAGUCUUGCAUUUCAUGUUGCUAUUGCACAAGACUGACUUAGUCAGCUUUCUGGAAUCCCAUCAAUUAUUAAAAAGGGAAGGAAAUUCGCAUGACACUCUGCUCUGCCACCAGUGCUAAGAACAAGGGCUCUGACUGAAAAGUAGGCAAUUUUGUGGAGUAGCGAGGGCCUCUAGCUAUUUUCCUUGUUGCUAGGAGUGUGUAAACCAAACAGGGCUUACCUUGCAGUCCACAAGGAUAUCCAUCUGUAACAGGAGACAGUCCUGUUGCACAAACAAAUGAGCUGAGGAAUGACUAGAGAAAUUUUUCACUUUAACCAUAUAGAAUUGUGCCCUUAGUGUUAAAACAAUGUGCCUUUUGUUAUCAAUGCCAUGUUUUGUUUGUUUACUUGGUGUCAAGCCCUGGUGUUUAUUAUUGAAUUACAAGCAUUUUUAAAUGCAGUUUUAGUGUCACCUUUUUUUUAAAUUAUAAGCACCCCUAUUACUGCUUGUGUUUUUUUUUCUUAAACACUUUUUGAAAGCAGAAUUUUUGCAGGGGUGUCUUUUUUAAUUAUAGGCAUCAGGUGGCCUUCUCAUAAGCUUUUUUUUAAUGUCUUAUCCUGUUUAAAAUAUUUGGCUGAUGCUAAGUAAUGUAAAAAAAAAUGCAGCAGCGCAAAUAAAUAAUAUAAAAGAAGUUACCUCACAUUUUGUUGUGUAAUUAAUGUAUUAGACAGGGGCAUAAAGCAAAUCAACCCCAGGGCAUUUGGUAUAUACCAAAGUGCAUUCCUUUUUGUUUCUGGCAAUUACGUACAAUGCCAGGAUAUUUGUAAUAGUGCAUUUGGGUAAACUUAACAUCUGGUUAACUACUUUUAACGUAAUGAAUGGGAGCCUUUUUCAAGUGACAGGGGUGAGGGUGGGUGUUUUCUCACUUAUAAAGUGAACUGUUACAAAAACACAAUAAUUAAUUAAUGUAGCAUAAUACUGGGAUCUAAUGUUUUGACAUGGAUGGAUGUAUUUGAGAUUUUUCUUCUACCAUAUGUUUACAGUUGGUAUUGCCCUCUGUUACACAGUGGUAUGAUAAAUUUUGUAAAAAAAAUAAUAAAAUAAAUAAAAAUUUAAACAAAUUCAAGACUUAUUGUUUUUGGAAAAUUGUACCUUUUGCUUUUAAUUGUGAAGUCCUAAAUUGGAGAUGGCAAUUCUCCUCUUAUAACUGAGCAACAAAUUAGAUGUGUUUUUAUAAUGCUGCAGUGUGUAGUGCACCGAUGUGAAAAUUACCAUGGAAUGAAUGUGGAUGUGUAAAUAUGUAAGUAUUAUUUUUUUUUGUUUUUGUUUUUUUUUUUUUUUUUUUUUUUGAAGGGGCGAGAGUUAAAUUGCUGCUGUUUCCACUUGACAUUGACUAUGUUUUAGUGGACUUUAAAUAUAGUGGCCAGUUCUAUGAUACUGUAUUUAUUGUACAGAUGAUGAUAGAAGUAUGGACAUUUUUUAGUGUUUAUAUGUUAAAUUUUAUUGUUGUGGCCAGAAAAAAGCAAUUUAAAAAUAAAAUCAAAAAUAAAUAAGA